UAAAAAAACCGGACUGUAGAUGUUUACCUUGGUGAACUAUCUAUUUAUGUGCUUAUGCACUGAAGGUUCAAGCACAUUCAUCCCGAUUGAUCGAGACACAAGUGGGGUUAUUUGAAUAUCGGGACACAAGUGGGGUUAUUUGAAUAUCGAGACACAAGUGGGGUUACUUGAAUAUCGGGACACAAGUGGGGUUAUUUGAAUAUCGGGACACAAGUGGGGUUAUUUGAAUAUCGAGUCACAAGUGGGGUUAUUUGAAUAUCGGGUCUGCCAAAAACAAUUUCGGUUUACUGAGUGACGGUCCUGUUAUGAAAUGUGCGAGCAGUAGGCGCCAACAAUAUUAUAUUAUACUUUUUGCUACUAGCAUAUUCAGAAUAAUAUAUAUAUUUGUUACUAAAUUUCCAUUUUAUGUUGCAGGGAACAUUUUGUUCAGUAUCGCAUUGCACGUUUCUGAGAUCUCUACACAACAUUAAACAGUAGUUGCUGAUAAAUUUUCAGUUCACCAGAAAUAUGACAGACAUGCCUCGUAAUGUCUUGUAACAGUAUCCAUCCCAGUAAGCCAGAAGGGAGAGAGAUUUAGCGUAGUCGGUUGAGUGCUUGCUUGAAGUGCUUACUCUCGAGUGCCUAAUAAACAUAGGGGCUGAAUAAGCAUAGGGUCUGGAAAAUUUUCUAAAAUCAGUUAAAAGUAGGGUGUGGAAAUUUUUUAAAAACCCAAUAAGAGUAGAGAGUGGAAUUAGCAUAGAGUCUGGGGAAAUUUAGCUAAAAUUGACUAGUAAUGAAAACAGAAUACAACUGUAGUAAGAUCUUAAAAGUAUGCAUACGUAACUCUGCCUAAGUUUUCUCGCUAAUUUCUAAUAGAGGCUAUAUGUAAGCAUUUGAUAAAUUAAGAAUUGUAAUAAGUGUUGGGGUGCCAAAUUAGCGUAGGGGAUUACAUUUUAUUCAGAUGUAAUUAAACAUAGGGUGCUGAAUUAGCGUAGACACCGACAUUUUUUCACAAAUUUAAUAACCAUAGCUGUAUGUUUAUUUGGCACUCGAGAGUACGUCACAGGAUCAAGCCACCUUGGUGGAUCCAUUAAGCUGACUGGUUUUUUUCUCAUUCCAACCAGUGUACCACAACUGGACAAAAGGCCAUGAGAUGAGUUUGACUUCAUUGCUGUGAUGGAGCCAAGUCAAAACAAGAGCCCGCUGAUUCUCUUGCAUCACAAACUGGGAUUUGAGAUGUGGUGCAUUCCAAUACUCUACAAACACGUCUACGAUAAGCUGCUCGACUGGCAUCACAAAGAUGGAGCUGUGAAAUUCAUUGAACCAGAAGAUGUAGUUAAGCUAACAAGAGCUGUUCUGUUAGUUAACCCAGAAUGUUAUACAGCAUGGAACAUCAGGAAAGAGAUGGUAGAAGCAGACAACCUCACUCUGACAGACGACCUCAAGUUUGGGGCACUGAUUCUCUCUAAACACCCGAAAAGUGCAGAGACUUUUAUUCACAGGCGGUGGCUGCUACAGAAGCUGAUCGGUCAGAGCCUGGUCUCGAGUAACGACAGUAACGCCAGUAACAGCAGCCUCGAACCACGGGAGGAUUUGGUGAACCUCGACUUUAUCAACGUGAACUUCUUACCCACAUCGAAUUCCGUCCCUCCCAGUAACAAGAUCGUCAUACCUCACCCGGACUCUGGGGCCUGCGAACACUUCAUGGAAGAAAUGACAGUGUGUCUUGAGUCGGCCACAAAAUAUGCCUGUAAUUACUAUGCCUGGAGUCAUCGAAUCUGGGUCCUGCAGUCCUGCUUUAAUUGUCGUGUGUCGAUUCUUCUCUCAGAGCUGCACUUGACUCAGUCAUGGGCGUCGAGUCACGUCUCAGAUCACAGCGGUUUCCAGUACCGCCAGUUUCUGCUGUCCCAGCUUCGCAAGCAGACCAGCACACUGAGUUCCAAGUUCUCCAUCAAGUUUGCAGACAUCCUACAGAAAGAAAUGUGUUUUAUCAUUGACCUCCUCAGCUGUUUUCCAGAACACGAGACUCUGUGGUAUCAUAGGAGAUUUGUAUUCCACACGUUGGUAUCGUUAAAACGUGUAUCGAGUCCCUCCAGCAAUACAUCACUCAACUCCAACACUGGUCAAAAUGAUGACCACGAAUAUUUUGCUUCAAAUGACCAUGUUAAGCUGAAAAAAAUUAAGUAUGAGAACGAUCGACAGACAUUGAUUCUGGAGGAGGUUACUUCAGUACAGCUCAAUUUCCUUCCUAAAGGAGCAACAGGGCAGGCUGCCAACAUGGCAAAAACAUACAAAGACUGGAUACAGAAAUGUGUUUUAUGACGAAUCUCUCCUAAGGGAGCAACUUGGCAGGCUGCCAACAUGGCUAAAAGUAAAACAUACAAAUACUGGAUACAGAAAUGUGUUUUAUGACGAAUCUCUCCUAAGGGAGCAACAGGGCAGGCUGCCAACAUGGCUAAAACAUACAAAUACUGGAUACAGAAAUGUGUUUUAUGACGAAUCUCUCCUAAGGGAGCAACAGGGCAGGCUGCCAACAUGGCUAAAACAUACAAAGACUGGAUACAGAAAUGUGUUUUAUGACGAAUCUCUCUUGAAGUAAGAGCAAUAAGAGACUGGAGACAGAAAUUGAUGUAAUUUAUAAAAAUCCCUUUAUAUCAUCAUGGCAAUAAACAAGAGACUGAA